ACGAGACAAGACGAGAGAAAUUUAUGACAGGGAGAAAAGACGCGAUUUUAGCGUUUCUUGGAGUGUUUAAAAACGAAAAUCUUGCCUGCAUUCAGAAGUACAGCCCGUAUUUCUACCCCGAGGAGGUGGUUCGUUAUUUCUUCGGACUGUUUCAUCCACACCUAUAAAGUGAUUGAGAACUUCAGUGAAGCUCCUCCUACAACAAUCCACCAAUAACACCGAGAGAAAUCACUUCAUGUGUGACAACUGAAAUCUUCAUGACUUAUUGUUGGUGCUGGUGAAAGAGGAGCUUGAGAAGAUGAGAGAUCCACAACCAUGCAGAAUAAAGACUGAAGAAACUGAAGAACAAAUAGAUAUGAUAGAAGUGAAAAAGGAGAGUCACGAUGAAGUGGAUGAGAAACAUCGGAUUGUAAAAAUAAACCAUAAUGUUUCACAGAAAGGAACUCUGAAAACAGAAGACAUAAAGUGUGAAAAAGGUUUCAGUCAAGAUGGACGCCCUGAGGAUCACAAUAGGACUCACAGCGAGAAGAAGCCAUUCACAUGUCAUCUGUGUGAAAAGAGUUUCAAUUAUAAAAGUAAACUUGAGACUCACAUGACAAUUCACAAUGGAGAGAAACCGCACGUGUGCCAUAAGUGUAAAAAGGGUUUUGUAUCUACAAGUAGCCUUGAGAAUCAUUUGAGAAUUCACACUGGAGAGAAACCUUACAAGUGUCAUCUGUGUGGAAACCGUUUCACAGUUGAAUUUAGCCUUAAGACUCACAUGAGAAUUCACACUGGAGAGAAACCUUACACAUGUCUUCAGUGUGGAAAGAGUUUUAAAUCUUCAAGUGAACUUACGAGACACACAAGAAUUCACACCGGAGAGAAACCACACGCGUGCCAUGAGUGUGGAAAGGGUUUUGUAUCAACAGGUAACCUUGAGAAACAUUUGAGAAUUCACACCGGAGAGAAACCUUACACAUGUGGUUUGUGUGGAAAGAGUUUUACAGUUGAAUUUAACCUUAAGACACACACAAGAAUUCACACUGGAGAGAAACCUUACACAUGUCUUCAGUGUGGAAAGAGUUUUAUAUCUUCAAGUGACCUUGCGAGACACACAAGAAUUCACACCAGAGAGAAACCACACGCGUGCCAUGAGUGUGGAAACCGGUUUAGAACCUCAGGUACCCUUAAGAAACAUUUGAGAAUUCACACUGGAGAGAAACCUUACACAUGUGGGUUGUGUGGAAAGAGUUUUACAGUUGAAUUUAACCUUAAGACACACAUAAGAAUUCACACCGGAGAGAAACCUUACACAUGUCUUCAGUGUGGAAAGAGUUUUAUAUCUACAAGUGACCUUACGAGACACACAAGAAUUCACACUGGAGAGAAACCACACGCGUGCCAUGAGUGUGGAAACCGGUUUACAACCUCAGGAAACAUGGCGCACACGUCACUACGGCAAGCAGCAGGUGUCUGGCUUGACGGCUCCGUCUUCAGCUCCUCCCUCGACUGCAAGCGGCAAACCUCGCCGAUCGGUCUGCGCAGCGCCGGAUGAUCUCAAACACACCUAUUCACUUCCAGACUUUGUGCUAAGCUAAGCUAGCGGAGGCUGUGUCAGACAGAAUUACGGGACAUACAUAGAUAAGAGAGGUAUGUAUGGACUUAUCCAACUCUGGGGGAUACGGUGAAUAAGCUAAAUUCCCAAAAUGUGGGUGUGUUCCUUUAAGACAUCUGUACUUACAGGAAUACCAACACAAAUGUUAUUAAAGAAUGGCAAAUUUUCUAUCAGCUCGUUUUCUGAUUGGGUAUCGUUUUGUUUCACAUGACAAUCUACAGCAUGCGUGUGCGCUUGUCCUUGAGGUUCCCCCACAUAAAAAGAUUUCUGAUCAUAUAUAGUCAACAUGUUGAAUAUUUCUGUUUUGCAAUCGGAGCACCUCCAACGGUUCCAAGCAGAUUCAGACGCUCUUAACACACCACGCACCACAGGACAAUCUGAUAAGAUAAUCGGUUCAACCACAAAGACUUUACCUAGGAUUGUCGCAAGGGAGAAAAUCUGCCCAAAUUCAGCCCAAUUAGCUUUUGGGGUGUACCGGGCUUAUUUGUGAACUGCUUGUGGAAAGAGUUUUUUUCACAAGAAUUAACAUUGGCUGUAGGGGCUGUGGAAUUUACACAUAAAAUUCACACUCAAAAGAGAUUUAAUGUGUUUCGAUUGUUAAAACAGUUUUGAUGUGUCAAGAAUUGCUUUGUUACUGCGCUUCUGAUUUUAUGUUAUUUUUUGGUGGUUUAUAAGACCCCAGACCCCCUUCAAAUAGUUAAAACAUAUGCAGGGACGGUUUCCAGACAGGGAUUAGAAUACAUAAGUGCCAGUUGUUUUGCCUCAAAAUGCACACACAAGUAACGUUUUUAGUUAUAUUUCCUAAUUAAACUAAAGUGUAGUCCAGGUUUAAGAUAAUCUCUGUUCGGGAAACCACCUCGCAGUGCUUUAUUUCAUGAUUUUUUUCUAAUUACAUGAGAUCUUUUUAGAAAUGUGUUUUUGAUUAUUGACUAUGUGAUGCUGACCCCAGUACUAAAUUACUGUGACUUGCUUUGAAUCUGUUUUUCUCACACAGAAAACUAUUAUAUCUGCAUUUACACUUGUGUUCAGAAAAGAGCAGUGUACUA